AUGUCAACAAGAAGAGAACAAGGUUUGGGGAAAAAACAAGAGGCGGGCAACAGCAAAAGUUCCGCGCGCCUCUCAGCCCCUGAGCUAACGGAGGAGCUAGCUGUGCUAAUCAAGACAACACUUGCUGACGAAAUGACCUUUCAUGAGAACGCCAGUAAGCUGAUCAAGGAUUCUAUUAAGGAGUCCCUUGCCCCCAUUGAGAAGACAUUGACCGAAAACAGCAACAUUCUGCGGUCACUGAGCGAACAGAUGGACACUCAUGCUAAAAAGUUCACUACAGUCUUCAAUAAAGUAGAUAGCAUUCAAGCUAACCUCAGAAAGAACGAGACUGAUACUGCGCGCUGUUGGGAGGAGAUAAAAAAACUGCGUGAGAACUUGACUGAGCAAGAGGAUCGAGCCAGAAGAAACAAUGUGCGGCUGGUAAACUUACCAACUGGAGCGGAGGGUGGGGACCCGCGGGGGUAUAUUCAGAAGAUGCUCCCCACCUGGAUCCCGUCUCUCCGCGGGUCACAAGUGGAAAUUGACAGAGCUCAUCGGAUCUACUCCAAUAGCACUACGAAGACCCAGACCAUGAUAUUCCGUCUUCUUCGUUACACUGACCGACAGGCUAUACUUGAAGGAGCAAGAAAAGCCAAACCGAGUCUCCCAGCUGGCACUCCGCUGUGGUUUUACGCAGACUACAGCACCGCGACAAGUAAGAGACGGCGAGAGUAUAAUGAUGUUCGAGCCAGGCUUCGGAAGAAAGGCAUCGAAACCUUCCUAGUCUACCCUGCAACCCUGAAGGUGAAAUACAAGGGCAGGAAGAUGUCGUUUGAAACGCCCGGGCAAGCCGAGGAAGCGCUGGCCGCUGCACUACGGGAGGAUGGAGAAGGCGAGCGCUUGGAAGAACAACAUGUUGACUCUGACUCUGGGUGA